GAAUGGAUGGAUAUUAGACAACCGACGACAAAUAAAACAAACAAAAGUAGAUAGACGACCAUAAAUUAAACUAUAAACGAAGAUUGAGGGAAAAAAUCAUUGGUUUAGAUUUUCGAACAAAUAUCGUGAAAAGUUUUUCAUCUUGUAGUUUUUGUAAUUAAUGGUGUAUGAAAAAUCAUUGGUUUGUUUAGUUGAAUUAAAUUUCAGUAAACGGUUUAGAGUAUGAACCCACUCAAUAAAGAUUUGACUGCCAAGCGUUACUGGUGUCUGGUGGAUUGAAUAGUUAAGAGUAUAAGGAGUAAGAUAAACGGUACACCCAAACACGCGACGCGAGCGAAGAAGACGAUGACGAACAAGGAGAAAGCUCGAGAGAGAAGGGAGAAAAGAAUGCAGGAGAUCUCUCUCCUUCGAACUAUUCCUUACUCUGACCACCAUAGGUGGUGGUCUUGUGAAAAUGUAGCAGUAGUGACUGGUUCAAACCGCGGGAUUGGAUUCGAGAUUGCAAGACAGCUUGCGGUUCACGGAUUGACGGUUGUUCUUACAGCUAGAAACGUGAAUGCUGGUCUUGAAGCAGUUAAAUCUUUGAGGCACCAAGAAGAAGGUCUCAAGGUUUAUUUUCAUCAACUUGAUGUCACAGACUCUUCGUCGAUUAGAGAGUUUGGUUGCUGGCUUAAGCAAACAUUUGGAGGUUUAGAUAUUCUCGUGAAUAAUGCAGGUGUUAACUACAAUCUCGGCUCAGAUAAUACGGUUGAAUUUGCUGAAACAGUUAUAUCUACUAACUACCAAGGAACCAAAAACAUGACAAAAGCUAUGAUACCCUUGAUGAGACCAUCUCCUCAUGGCGCUCGUGUAGUCAAUGUUAGUUCUCGGCUAGGUAGAGUAAAUGGAAGACGUAAUAGACUGGCAAAUGUAGAGUUGAGAGAUCAGCUAAGCAGUCCAGAUUUGCUGACCGAGGAACUUAUAGACAGAACUGUCUCUAAAUUCAUCAACCAAGUAAAAGACGGAACUUGGGAAUCAGGCGGGUGGCCUCAGACAUUCACUGACUACUCCAUGUCUAAGCUUGCAGUCAAUGCUUACACGAGACUAAUGGCAAAAGAACUUGAGAGACGAGGAGAGGAAGAGAAGAUUUAUGUUAACAGCUUUUGCCCUGGUUGGGUGAAGACUGCGAUGACUGGCUACGCCGGAAAUAUGCCACCUGAAGAUGCAGCUGAUACUGGAGUUUGGCUUAGCCUGGUCCUUUCCGAAGAGGCAGUAACCGGAAAAUUCUUCGCAGAGAGACGUGAGAUCAACUUCUGAGGGUUGUUGAAUGUUUGUAAACGUUGGAAUAGAUUGUGUCGUCUUCGUUUAGUGCCAUAGUUUUAGUCAAAGGUUUACAAAAUCAAUUGUAAUUGGUAAGUGAAUGGUUGUAGUCAUGAUACGCGUCAGAUUUGCCACAAAACUAGGAGUUUAUAAUUUAAAUAUAAUUAAUUUUUAAUUGC